AUCAAUCCGCAGCCUAGUAUCGAUCCUCUGGUACGCUGUAAAACAGAAGCUGAAACAUGGAGUUGUAUUUGGAAUAAACUUUGGAAACUUUGUUUGGUGUUUAUAGAGAUGUCACCGAGAACAUGUGUAACAUCUUCCGCGCAGGAUUUGUGCCGUGGAUCAUACUCUCCGUGACUCUCGACUCAGGCUCCGAUGACAAGAUAAACAUCACAGCUGAGUCUGGACAGAACAUCACUUUGCCAUGUCGAGCUCACAACAAUCGGAAGCCCAUCAUAGUUGUAGAGUGGAUCAGAUCUGAUUUGGGGGCAGGUUAUGCCUUGUUGUUCCAGGAUGGGCACUUUGUUCCAGAUCAUCAGCAUCCAUCUUUUAAGAAUCGGGUGGAUCUUCAGGACAGGCAGAUGAAGGAUGGAGACGUGUCUUUGAUUCUGAACAACGUGACGCCUGCUGAUAGUGGAACAUAUGAAUGCCAUGUCGUCAUGCGAGGAGCAAACCAGAGGGAGAGAGCAACAGAGCACACCUGUACCAUCGAGCUAAAGAUUCUUCCUCUUGUCCAGAUAAACACGACAGCUGGACAGACAGUCAUUCUGCCAUGUCAAGUUUCAAACCUCAACGGCGAUCCCAGUGUGGUUAUAGAGUGGAGCAGAACUGAUCUGGGGACAGAAAAUGUAUUUUUUUACCAGGACCAGAAGUUUAUUCCAGAUGACCAGCAUCGAUCUUUUAAGAACCGAGUGGAUCUGCAGGACAGAAAGAUAAAGGAUGGAGACGUGUCUUUGAUUCUGAACAACGUGACAAUUAAUGACACUGGAACAUACAUGUGUUGCGUCUUCGUGAAGGGAGCAAAACACAGAAGGAGAGCAAAACUGGAUAGUGACCUCAUCAGUGUUGUCAACCUGAGAGUUGUUCCUCCAGGUCAGCCAGGAGGAGACACAGAGGAUGGAGUCAUUAGAUAUAAAGUCCUGGUAUUCUACUGAAGUAGGAAAGGCGUCAUUAGAUGAUGACUACUAGCAAUGGUGAGAUGAAGCCUCGUGAUGAACUGAAGGUUUCCAUCCAACUGGUCGACUCAUGGUUCGAAGCAUUGUGAUGAUUCAUUUGCUCUACUGCGCCAUCAAGUGGACGAUUCAAGUGAAACAGGCUCUUUGAUUGUAAUGAUGUGAUGUGUAAACCUCUAAACUGAAUAAAUAAAUUGUUUUCAUGGUUAUUUAUUAC